AUGUCGUCCACCCCAAUGGACCUCGACCGCCCCGAGCGCAACGGCUCGUCGCUCAACAUUGCCCGGUCGACGGCGCCAGUCUCCAACCUCUGCGACGUCAUGUCGUCGUUUCGCCCGACCAAGCUUCUCCGUCGCGAAGACAUCAAAGACCCCCGCCAACCACCGCACGUGCUCUCGAUAGACUACAACGACGACGGCGAGCUGCUCAUGACAUCGGCCAGCGACGAGACACUGCAAAUAUAUAAUGUACGGGAAGGGAGGCACGAAAAGAGCCUUGUCAGCAAGAAGUACGGCGUCAAACUCGCGAAAUUCACACACACAAGCUCCAGCAUCAUCUACGCCAGCACCAAACAGAACAACGCCAUACGUUAUCUCGCCACGCACGACAACUCCUUCAUCCGCUACUUUGAGGGCCACGAGGCCCCCGUCACCUCCCUCGUCGUGCACCCCGGCAGCGACAACUUCAUAUCCUGCUCGCAGGACAACACAGUGCGCCUGUGGGACACGCAGACCAAGCACUGGCAAGGUCAGCUGCUCCUACGCGCGCCCUACCUAGCCGCCUACGACCCCUCGGGCACCGUCUUCGCCGUCGGCUGCCCGACCUCCGGGACCGUGCUUCUCUACGACGCUCGCCACUACGACCGCGCACCCUUCGCCACCGUCGACGUUGUCGAGCAGGCGCGCGCCGUCGACCCCGCGCACGUCGUCCGCGGGUGGACCGCGCUCGAGUUCUCCAACGACGGCAAGUCCCUGCUGCUCGGCACGCGCGGCGCCGGCCACUUUCUCUUUGACGCGUUCGAGGGCACGCUCAAGGCAUACCUGCGCCGUCCGGGCGGCGGCACGCGCAGGCUGGCCGUUGGCGAGAGCGGCGGCAGCGGUGCCGGUGCUGGCGAGUACGAGAGUAGCGGCGACUGCUGCUUCGCGCCCGACGGCCGCUUCGUAAUUAGCGGCUCCCGGCAGGAUGUGGUAACGUGGGACACGCUCAAGGCGUCAACCUCGGCGUCUCCAGACAAGAUUCUGGAGCCGACGUGGACGCUCCCGGACAAGCGCGAGGCGGCCGUCGUGGCGUUUAACCCGCGAUUCAAUUUCUUUGCGACGGCGGACACGGAUCUGCUCUUUUGGCUGCCGGAUCCACAUGCAUGA